AUGCUGCGUGUCGCUGCCCUAAUGAUCGCGAGCAGCGCCGCGCUCCGGGCCCCCGCGCGCGGCCCCAGGCUGAGCACGUGCAACAAGCCCUGGAAGGGCUGCCCCGAGGAGGGCGGCGACCUCGGCGAGAAAUUAGCUGGCUUCUUCGAGGCCAUGGCCAUGUACGACGACGACAAAAGCGGCAGCGCGUCCGCCUGGACCGGCGAGAACGGCCUCGACCGCGCUGCCUCCAAGGUAUUCGCGACGAGCGUCGCCGCGACGAUGGCGCGGCUCCAGCUCUACCAAAACGACGCGGCCAACGGCGGCGUCGACGAAGAAGAAGCGGCCCAGGGCUACCUCGGGCGGGCUCUCGUCAAGUUGCUUGCGAUUUCGCUCGAAAUUGUUGUGGGACUCUUCGUGUUCGGAAGGGUUAUUCCGCGGUGCAGUAGCGCGGCGAAGGGCGCGGCCUGGCGCUCGUCCGUCGUCGGCUACCUGCUCUUUUGGCCAGAGAUCGCCCUCGUGGCGGCGGCGGCGACUUCGGUCCGCGGCAGCAACUACACCAUUACGAAAAGUUCCGAGCAAGACCAAUGAGUCUCCGAGCUCGUCAGUCCAAAGCCUUGAGCAGCGGCGCGUGCUCUCGGGCUACGUGAUGACCGACAGCAACAUAAAAACGGCCGUCACGGCGUGGCUCGCGGACGCGACUGCUGCCGAGGCGACGUACGGCCACAUUUCUACGUGGGGCACGUCGGGGGUGACCGACAUGUCGUAUUUGUUUUGCUCGGGUUAUGAUGCGACCCAUCGGCCUCUCUGCAACAACGCCGCGUCGUCCUUUAACGAGGACAUCGGCGCGUGGGACACCUCGGGCGUCAAGACCAUGUACGCGAUGUUCAGCUCAGCCUCGGUGUUCAACCAGGACAUCGGUGAUUGGGCGGUCGACGGCGUCACGAAUAUGAGCGAGAUGUUUGUCUACGCCUCGGCCUUUAACCAGGACCUCAGUGGUUGGGCGGUCCACAGCGUCAGAAAAAUGAAAUUCAUGUUCCACAGCGCCUCGGCCUUUAACCAGGACAUAAGUGGUUGGGCGGUCGACAGCGUCACGGAUAUGUACGCCAUGUUCUACGAAGCUUCGGCCUUCGACCAGAACCUCGGCUGGUGCGCGGCCGACGGCGUGGACCUGGGCGCUGCGUUCGACGGCACUCCGUGCGCGUACACGUGCGGCGUCGGAAGGGGCCAAUUUUUGGCUGCGAGCGGCAGCUGCGAGUCCACUCCCGCGCCAACUGCUUACUGGGAUGGCGUGCAUCACACGGACGUCAGCAUCCGCACGGCCGUCGCGGCUUCAGGCGUCGGCGUCGCGCUCCUCGUGCUCGCGCUCGCCACGUGAUCACCUCUCCCUUCCUCGCGCCGCCAAGUUCGAGGCGUCCCCGCAACAACUCGCCCCUGAACAUAU